AUGUCAUGCUUCCUUCUUCCCCAAGAGAUUAUACGUAAACUCACAAGCGCCAUAUCCCGUUUCUGGUGGAGCACAAAAGAUAACAAUCGAGGUCUUCAUUUGAUUGCUUGGAGCAAAAUCUGCACACCAAAAGAUAAGGGAGGCCUUGGCUUUCAAGACUUCAAAAUUUUCAAUCUUGCGCUCCUUGCGAAGCAAUUAUGGAGACUUCUCCAGUACCCAAACUCACUCCUGGCUAGAGUUCUCAAGGGACGGUACUUCAGACUCUCGAACCCAAUAGACGUCUCGAAGGCAAGCAACCCCUCCUACGUAUGGAGAAGCCUUAUGGCAGCGCAACCCCUCCUGAAAUCUGGUCUCCGCAAAUCUAUAGGAUCGGGUCAAAGUACCCUGGUGUGGUCUGACCCGUGGGUCCCCACGACACCACCAAGACCAGCCAUACCGCUCGGGCCAUCCUUCAAUCCAUCCCUCCGUGUGAGAAACUUGAUAGACCAAAACACCAAUGAGUGGAAGCACUCCCUGCUGCAUAAUCUUGUAGCCCCGACAGAUAUUGCACAUAUAAAAAGCCUCAGGCCGACGCGAUCUCCAAGACCAAAUGCUUUCGUCUGGACCUUAACAAAAUCUGGUGUAUACUCUGUCAAGACAGGUUACAACCUAGCUAUGGAAAAAAUGGAACCAAGCGAUGCUGCUCAGGUUCUCGAACCAAGUACCACAUGCCUCAAAGCUAAAGUCUGGAAACUCAAAACGACCAAGAAGAAUCAGCACUUCAUAUGGCAAGUCGUAUCCAAUUGUGUACCGGUUUGUAGCUCCCUAGCUGAUCGCCAUUGCGGAACGGACCGGGCUUGUCCGCGAUGUGGCGCCGAAGAAGAAACCCGCAACCACUUGCUCUUCGAAUGCCCCCCGGCUGUCCAAACUUGGGCGCUCGCCGACCUGCCACAACUUCCAGGACUCUUCCUGAGCAGCUCGAUCUACAGUAUCAUUGAUCACGCUUUAUGGCGAGCCAAAGAAUACUCAGUCCCAGAAAACAUACUUGACAAUAUCCCAUGGGUUAUAUGGUAUAUAUGGAAGGCUAGAAACGACAAAGUGUUUAACGGCAGAGAUACUUCUCCUCUAGAGACAGUACAAAUCGUCAAAUCAGAGGCAGAUAGAUGGCGCCUAGCACAAAUCACCGAGGAAAUUCAUGAAGACGACGAAGGCGCAGCUACUAUAGACCCUCCUUCCACAAUACCCGGGCCGAAAUGCUCGAUCGACGGCAUGGUCUUAACGACCGAGGAUGGGGUGCAGACUUUUGGUUCAUUUGCUAGUAACCGAGUCUUAACCCCUUACACGCGGAAUUUCAAACUCUGA